AUGAAGACGACGCGCAAGUGUCGCGCGCUCCUGUCCGUGGGUCUCAACCUGGUGGCGUUGCUCUUCUCCACCACGGCGUUCAUCACCACGUACUGGUGCGAGGGCACGCAGCGGGUGCCCAAGCCCAACUGCAGCGCACAGAGGCGCCACAACUGCAUCGACUACGGUGUCAACGAGACGGACCAGAGCAAGGUGCACUACAGUUGGGAAACCGGCGACGAUCGCUUCCUCUUCCGCCGCUUUCACACCGGAAUCUGGUACUCGUGCGAGGAGAACAUCCACGAGGCAGGUGAGAAGUGUCGCAGCUUCAUUGACCUGGCCCCCGCCUCGGAGAGAGGCGUGCUCUGGCUGUCCGUGGUUUCGGAGGUGUUGUACAUCCUGCUGCUGGUGGUGGGCUUCAGUCUCAUGUGUUUGGAGCUUUUCCACUCCAGUAACGUCAUCGACGGACUCAAACUUAAUGCCUUUGCUGCCGUCUUCACUGUUCUGUCCGGUCUUCUUGGCAUGGUGGCCCACAUGAUGUACACGCAAGUCUUCCAGAUCACCGUAAGUCUGGGUCCAGAAGAUUGGAGGCCUCACAGCUGGGACUAUGGAUGGUCUUUCUGCAUGGCGUGGGGUUCCUUCACAUGCUGCAUGGCCGCCUCUGUCACCACACUCAACUCCUACACCAAAACAGUCAUCGAGUUCCGCCACAAGCGCAAACUCUUCGAGCAGGGCCUUCGCGAGGAGCAGAACUUCCUUGACCAGGAAGCCUUCCACUACUUCCGCGACCGCUCCCUGCAGUCCAUCUCCGGCACGCUGGAUGUCUACCCAGGUCCCGGGAGCCUACCCGGGCACCCUCCAGAUCCUGGGCUGGGCCGGACCAAGAUAAGAAGCGCCUCCAUCGACUUGGGUGAAAACACAGACUCACUGGGAGAGGAGCAGUGCUGA